CCGACAUUCAUCCCCGCGCAGCGCCGUAUCUCACUCGCCUCCAUCCACUUGUUCCUCGUCGCUCCUUGUUCUCCCUGCGCUGGUCUGCCUUGCUUCCCGACGUAACGCGUGUGCAGGCAGCCACCGCAGUUUCCAUUCGAUCCCCGACGUGGACGACGUGUUCUGAGCUGUGCACGCACCAGCCUCGCGCUACUUAACUCCGCCCACACGCGCGGAGGCCCGCCUGCCCUUUAGCUUCUGAGUUUCCAGUCUUUAACGUGCACACCGCCAGGGAGAAAGAGAUAUGUCGACGGACCCGUACCACGCCGUGCAGGCGGAGGUGCAGGCGUCGCUGCAGAACGCGGCGACACUGCGCGCGUCGUACAUGCGCAUACGCAGCACCGCGCGGGAGGACAGCGAGGAGCUUAUUUGGGCGCGAAAUGAGCUGAAAGCUACGCUUGCGGCGCUAGAGGCGGACUUGGAGGAUUUGGAAGAGAGUGUGAAUGUGGUGGAGUCGACAGGAGCGCGACUAUUUGGACUGGAGGAAGCGGAGGUUAUGGACCGGCGGCGGUAUGUGGGGCAUGUCCGCCGUGAGAUUGAGACAAUGCGCGCGGAGGUGGAUGGACAGUCAGAUGGUCGUCGGUCAAGACCCUCCUCGAUGAUUGGUCCGUCUGGUCGUGCGGCGGACCCUGCACCGCCAGAGGACGAGGAUGCACAGUCGGAAUGGGCGAAGCAGGAACAGCAGAUGAUGAUCCGCCAACAAGACGAGACCAUAGAUACCAUUGCCGGUACUCUCAAUACCCUCCAUGAGCAGGCGGGGCUCAUGGGUCAAGAGAUCGGCGAACACGUCGAGAUGCUCGACGACCUUGAACGCGGGGUCGAUCACUCCGAAGCGAAACUCAGUACCGCCAUGCGCAAGAUGCGCAACUUUAUUCGGCAGACAGAGGAGACCAAGUCGGGAUGGUGUAUCACCAUACUGAUUAUCAUCCUCAUGGCCUUGCUACUCGCCGUGAUUCUCGUAUAAUGCGCUCACAGUAUCUCAAGCUACUGUACUAGUCAUAUAGUCUGUUUUUCAUUCUUUUGGGACACUCAUUUGUAUGGUUUGUAUACUGGACACUCUUCAUACAGCAUCGUCAGGAUGGACAAUUUGUGUCUGUGGCAAGGGCUUGGCGCUUAGGCGCUGGUCGGGCGGUUGGUAGACACGUGGCUGUGGCGGGACGUGUUGUUUGCGCGUUGUUUGUUCGGGCGCCAGCCGCCCUCAAAGGGUCCGAGCUCGGCGGGGCGAGGUUGCUUUUCUCUCUGCUCCUCAUUGUCGUGCUGGUCCGACGACGCCCACAAACGGCGGCCCACAUCUCUACGACUCCAGCGACACACCUACCCUAUUCCUACCCUAAUCUUUUUGUUUUAUCCCUUCCCUAACCGUUCUAACCUGCC